GUUACUCGUGGCAGUGUAGCCGAGUGGUUAGCGUGUCAAGCUAGCGUCCUGCACUGUCGCGGUUCGAAUCCCGCUGAGGGUGUUGAUAAGACCAAUGCGAGGUCGAAACUGCAGGUACCUACCGUACUGCACUUUCGCGGUUCGAAUCCCGCUGAGGAUCCCGCUGAGGGUGUUGAUAAGACCAAUGCGAGGUCGAAACUGCAGUCCACCCAGUGUCGCGGUUCGAAUCCCGCUGAGGGUGUUGAUAAGACCAAUGCGAGGUCGAAAAUGCAGUCCACCCAGGAUGAGAACAACUUUUGGAAGAGUAUUCGUGGCAGUGUAGCCGAGUGGUUAGCGUGUCAAGCUACCGUCCUGCACUGUCGCGGUUCAAAUCCCGCUGACUCAAGGGUACUCGUGGCAGUGUAA